CCCCCUCCUUUCCCCCCCUUUCGACUCUGUGGUGGGGCUGCGGAUUCGGGGGCUGCAACCCGCCGUGACCGCCAGGACAAUGGGGACUCGAGAUGAUGAGUACGACUACCUAUUCAAAGUUGUGCUGAUUGGAGACUCUGGAGUGGGGAAGAGUAAUCUUCUGUCGCGCUUCACCCGCAACGAGUUCAACUUGGAGAGCAAGAGCACCAUCGGCGUGGAAUUUGCAACCCGCAGCAUCCAGGUGGAUGGAAAGACGAUCAAAGCACAGAUCUGGGACACAGCCGGGCAGGAGCGGUACCGAGCCAUCACAUCCGCGUACUACCGCGGUGCCGUUGGGGCGCUGCUGGUCUAUGACAUCGCCAAACACUUGACUUAUGAGAAUGUGGAGCGCUGGCUGAAGGAGCUGCGGGACCAUGCAGACAACAACAUCGUCAUCAUGCUGGUGGGCAACAAGAGCGACCUGCGCCAUCUGCGGGCCGUGCCCACAGAUGAGGCCCGGGCUUUUGCAGAAAAGAACAAUUUGUCUUUCAUCGAGACUUCGGCCCUGGACUCCACCAACGUAGAAGAAGCGUUCAAGAACAUCCUCACAGAGAUCUACCGCAUCGUGUCACAGAAGCAGAUUGCUGACCGCUCCGCUCACGACGAGUCUCCUGGCAACAACGUGGUGGACAUCAGCGUUCCUCCCACCACCGACGGACAGAAAUCCAACAAACUGCAGUGCUGUCAGAACCUGUGACUGCCUGUCCACGUUCUCUUCUGUUCCCUCUCCCUCCCCUCCCCUCACAUUGCCUGUGCUUCAGUUUGAAAUUUGUGUGCACUCCUUUCUAGUGUCUCCUGUGAUUGUGACUCCCCGGUGCCCUGUUCCUCCCCCAGCCCCUCCCAUUUUAGAGCUUUAACUGUCGGGCUAACAUCCCUCCCCUCUCAGACCCUCUUUAGAUGGGAUGACUUGCAGGCUUGGGACGUAGGCACUGAUCUGAUUGGUAGAUGGGUUUGUGGUGGGAUAGACACCGCCCUGUCCCGUCCCCCCCCCCCCCCCGAAAUGCCCCUCUACCGAAUGUCCUUUGUUGGGAGGGGAGGAGGAGGAAUGAAGACUUGGUUGAUUGCCGCUGAAGAAUCCCUACACGUAACCUACUUUCUCACAUAACCAAACUUCUACACAGCCCUAAUUUCAGAAAAAGGGAGGGGAGGGUGGAAAUGAGGCGAAAAUCCUUUUGACCAAACCUCCUGUUCUGUCCUGUGAAAUGUCUGCUGUCCCUCUGGGAUGGGAGGCUUUCUUCCUUUGUGGCAGCACCCCCGUCGUAAGGCUCCCGAGAAACACCCCAUCUUCAUGUUGUUCCUUCUUACACAGCUCGUGUGUGUCUUGCCGGGAGGAUUACAGGUGUGUUGGGGGAGAGGGCAGGGCAACCCGUCAGCAUGAGGGCCCUGGUCUCUUGGGAUGGGCUGGAAAGAGGAUGUGGUUUGAAUAUUUAUAUUAUUUGCUUAAUGAAUUCUGUCUAAUAAUGUUCAGUUAAGUGCCAGCAUAUUAUUGAGAACCAUUUUUGCAAAGCUUCAACACCACUUCUUUCUGUACUUUACUGUCCGGGGAAAAACACCUUUCUAGGCUGUCUUUUCAACCUCAUUGGCAUGUAGCUUUCUCUUCCACUGUAGCCUGAGCCCCUUUUGAGAGUGAAGCAAUAUUUCCGUGUCUUGUAUAUAACUGCACUCGUAGUUUCUGGUUUUUGUUGUUGUAGCGAAACACAGAUCCUGAAUACAUUUUGUAAGAUUUUGGCCCGAUUGUAGCAUCUUGAUCUCCCGUUUUUCCCAUUUCCUCACUAUUCACUAUUCACCUCAUAAGCUAUCUAUUUUUUUUCCUUGACCUUUACUCAGGCGAAUGAUUCCGUUUCCUGUAUCCAAAUGUGCACUUCCUCUCUGUCCUAUUUCUCCAGCUCCAGGCUCGUUCUUUAUGCGAUGUCAGCCCCUCACCAAUAAGGCCGUGGGCCACUGCUCACCCCCUGGUAACCUGGACCACACACAGCUUUGCGGAAUCUGGGCUUGGUCACGAAUCACUAAAGCGAAGGUUCAACUGUCAUCUACCUGAGUGCCCGCGGUUUCCACCUGUGGCCUCCGGGGUGGGUAGGAUUUCCCCAAGGGAACGACUCAGAAUGCACUCUGGUGUUCCGUCUCUUCCAGUCCCCUGCAGCCAUUGGUUCUGACUCUUCUGCCCUGUUGCAGAAUCCCCAUCCCUGUUUGCGGUGGCUGCCUUGCAUGUCGGUUUGUGCUCCUGGUACGGUCUGUACUUACUCUCCAAGUCACGUUAGGUGUAGCUGACAUUCCAGUCUCUACUGUUUUGUAGUUGGUUAUGUAAUAAAAUGAAGGGAAUCGCUCUGUUAGUUGUAUGUGUGUAAAAAAAAAGGGGGGGGGGGGCAGAAUGCUUUUUUUUUUUAGAUUACUCAGGAGAUUUGUUUCUCUGUAUAAGCAGACCCCUGGAAUUGCAAGUCAACUCUAUGUGACCUUUAGCCUUUAAACUGGUUGCUUGAGUGCUUCGAAUUUAGUGACGUUCUCUGACCUUAGCCAAAGGUCUUUAGUUUUAGGAGGACUUCUCGGUCGUGUAAGUUGUCCUUCCCCUCCCAGGACCUGUGGGUUUUCGUGCUUCCAGGAGCUAAAAGGAAUUGGGUGAAUGGGGCCUUAGAAUGCCGUGGGCCAGCUGCUCAAGGAAGGCUCUCUUGGAUUGAUCCAAGGGUAGGGAGACUGGGAGAGUUGCACUCCUGAGCUAGCUUGGGGCCAGGCAGGAGGGCCAGGAAACCUGGUGGUAGUGAAUUCCCAUUGUCUUAAAGACAAGUCCUGGCAGCCCUUUGAAUUUAGGACUUAAGAGUACAAUGUGAAUCUUUGUGUGUGUCCUCUUAUAUUGUCUUAAAACAAAGCUCCUCUUUCACUGGCCGUAAAGGUUGGUUAGGCUCUUUAAAAAAGGCCAUAGAUCUGCUCAAGUGCUCAAAGCUUGCUUUCACUGGCCUGGGCAUUCUCUAGAUUUAUUAUUUGGAUACACUUUACAAGGUGGUGUUACACUUUGGUAUGGAAAGUAAAUCUACUCUCCAGAGUGGCAAUCCCACUGGGUUGAGUGCCUGAUGAUCCUGGAGCUUGAGGGUGAGCUCAUCAGCCCCAGCACUGUUGGAAAGCCACCCUAGAGCAGCCCUUCUGCCUGGUUUUCACAUCAUUUGGGAGGAGCACGGAGUUCUUUUGGAUUGCCAUUCCUUGACCCAGCUGGGCUAAGUGUUUCUUAGGAAGAUGGGUGUGACUGAAGCUAAGGUCUCUCUAGCAAAGGGGUAGAGAUCUUUGGGCCUUGGUGUGAAGCAGGCUGCUGAUGGGCCGAAGGGAAUCUGCCUCUCCACCAGAAAUGUUUUGGCAAUUCUGGGGGGACCACGCCUCCUUGGGGGGUCCGGGGGCUUGGUUUUCCUGAAAUGGGGCUGAGGCAAUACUCUGCAUCUAAGGUACCAGCUCUCCCUCCCUGUCUCCUCCUGCCUCCCCUGCCACAACCCCUCUUAAAAGUUGGCAUGUCUGUCCAUCUGUCUGACUCAGGGGGGCCCCAGAAUCUUCAGGAACAGGAUGUCCAGUGUGGAGAUUUGCCAAAUUUCUUUUUGGGCUCUCCUCCCUGCCUUUCACACUAGAGUCAGGCUCAGGGCAGUAUCUCUCCAGACCUACUGGAAACAUACCCAAGAACCCCGCUUCCCCGGUCCAGUAUGGGUGAUGGGGACAAAUCUCUCCCAGGACCUACCUGCUGCCGGUCAAGCUGGUCUACUUUGGUUCCUGCCCUGCUGCUCGGGAGUGGCACAAGUGUCUGAAUCAUUCCUCGCCGAUUUGGCUCUUUAAAUAAUCGAAGCAGAAACGGGAGGGGUCACGUAGUCCGGUUGGAGGAACCUGAAGGUAUAGGGACCAGGUCGGUGUGUUGAGGUUGAAUGUGUGGUUGGGCUAGUGUCCACCUGGCAGAUUUGCCUGACUGCUUCUCAGCUCCCAGGCAUGAAUAGGCCCCCUGUUGUUCCUGGGUGAGUUUGCAGAAAUGAACCACCUGUCCUUGUUCCCCAGCAUUCACCUGUUUCCCUUUGUCUGCUUAUGAGUCAGCUUGUGAUAUGCACAGCAUGGACAAGAGACUUGGAGAGUGAGGAAAUGGGCAGUCGGCAUUGGCACAAUGAGUGAACCACUGCUCUGGAGAAGGGUGUUGUUCAGGAGAAAUCCUGGGAUAUGCCCGAAUGUAUAACUUGGGGACCAGAAUCCCUGUGCUAUCCAGCCCCCCUCACCGAAGCUGGAUGUGGACCUGAAUGGCCUCUCAAGUUGAGAGGGACCUGUAAGUGGACCAGCCUCUCCCUCGGUUCAGCUGUAGGGUUGGUAGCCGUAGGGAUGGGAUAUUCCAGAACAAAACUUGCUGGGAUCCGUGAGCAGUUACCGGGCUGUUGCGACUGGUUACUGGAAUCAGCGCUUCAAACAACAACACAACUCUCUUACAUUUGCAGUCAACACAGUAGGAUAGCGGGCGGGAGUGCAGAACCUUCAUUCACUUAGGAGCCUCUUCUUUCCAUGGUCCCAAAUGUUCAGUUAAGUGCAAUUCACCUUGUAAAUACAUGUAUGCAUCCACAUGAUUUGUGCAUGGUUGGUCUGUAUUGUGGACAUAAAGAUUGUCAACCCAA